AUGUUGAGCCCCACCCCGCGGCUGAAGCCGCUGGGCGACGCGGAGUGGGACGUGGCGGGGAAGUGGCGCCUGCAGGCCGCCGGGGCGGUGGCGCGCAGCGACCCGGAGAUGGCGAAGGCUCUGCGCGUCUCGGAGCUCUUUGAGGUGAGGCCCAAGGAUGGGGGGGAUCUGGCGGCGGCGGUGCGGGUGGUGACCAUCUGGCGCGAGAGCAGCGCCGAGGGCGCCGAGCAGCUGCAGGAGUCGCUGAAAGAGAUGGGCGAGGCGGAGAAAGGCCGCAACCUGCUGCAGGCGGUGCAGAUCGUGUCUUUGCUGCCGGAGCCGGCCUCGUCCACGGAGAACAACUUCGCGUCUGUGACCACUCGCUUUGUGUACAGCCCCAUCCGCGUCAGUCCGAUUCCUGCAAAUUUCGGCACAGAGCUGGUAGCAGCACCCGGGGUCAGCCUCAUGCCGGCGAGGUGGGCCAAGAAGAAGUGGCAGGGAGAUGGGCAAGAUGACUGGCAGGAUCAGCUCUCCGCGGCGGUGACGCAGGCGAUCUAUUCCGAGGGCGAGGCUGCGGUGGCGCUCAGAAUGCAGGCGCUCGAGCCCAUCAUCGCGCUGGAGACGGAGUGGGACCAAGCCAAGCUCGAGAAGAGGAUCAAGCAGUACCUCCGCAACGCUGCGAAGAACCUGGACUUCCAGACCAAGCCCUGGCAUGAGCUCAUCGAGGAGUUCGCAGACCAGGUCUUCUCCUCGAUCUUCCAGGCUUUGAAGGAACGAUCCUGGCUGCCGCAAGUGGAUUUCCUCAUGGUCAUCGACGCAGCGGUGAAGGAGCUGUUUCCCCCCUACUUGCUGCAGAGCGUGCCGCAGCAGCUGUUUGAGCAGCAGGUCUUGCAUGCUCACGAUCGCGCCUUCGAGGAGCAGCGGUUCGCGCCCAUGCUCUGGGACGUGCUGUUCGACAAGGUAGAGGAUAAGGUGGUGAAGAACAAGAUCUACAACGCCUUCGAGGCGGGCAGAAAGGAGGCGGCCAUGGUCAGCUCGGAGGGCGAUCCCGUGGAGGAGUUUAUCAAGGCCUGGGUCGCUUGCUCCCUCAGGGAACUGCAAGGCUCUGUGCCGGAGGAAGCUCUGCCGCGUGAGCUUUGCCGCAACCUCUUCCACGAGCUCUACGAGGCCGGUGCUUUGCCUUUGCCGCUCACACAAGAAGGUGGCACACCGCCGGACGGCAUCCUUCACGUGGAUCAGGCCAUUGAGGACUUCUCCGAGGGGAAGCUUCAAGCGCCACCGUCCAAAGGCCUGGCCAAGGCCAAGAAGCCGAAAGCAGCUCUUCCGAGCCCGAGCCAGGCCUGGUCUGCUUCCUUGCCCCCAGUGCACGUGGCGCCGGUGCGGCCGGCGUAUCCCACGCCCAGCUUGGCGCCGAGCAAAGGCGGCAAGGCCCCGAGCUUUGGGAAGGGCGGCAACGGGUUCAACGUCUUCGCAGGUCAAAAGCGGCCACUGGACAGCCCAGGCAACGGGAAGGGCAAGGUCAGCCAGCCUUUUGCAGCCAAGAGGCCAAAGCCAGCGCCUAUGCUGAAAGCUGUAGGUCACCCGUUGUGCACACAGCAGGAGGACUGUGUGGGCGAUGCCGCCAGCGCGCUGGUGCAACACGUGGACGACGACGUCCCUGGCGACAUCUAUUGCUCGGCCUGCUGGGCCAUCUUUGCGGAUGCGGACGAGACCCUCAAUGCCAUCCCCUUCGAAGCAUAGCCGGUAGCGUUUCGCGCGCGGGGGA